AAUACAUUUUAUUAUUUCUGCUGCUUCGAUUGUUUACCCCUUUUAUAAUGGUUGCUUCUACAUCACCAAAAAGUCGGCAACACUCAUAUCUACCUUUCCGUGAUCACCUUUGCAAUCGGAUUUUGGAUUCCCGUCCACACAUCCCGGCUCCACACCACCCGUCAUCAUGAAGACGGGGUCAUCUUACAUGCCCCAGUUCCUGGGAAGGAUGUCGUUUGAGAAGCAGGAGACUCUGUUGAAGCUCUCCAUCCUGGUCUUCUGCAUGAUCCUGUCCUUCUCCACCCGACUCUUCUCUGUAUUGCGCUUUGAGAGCGUUAUUCACGAGUUUGAUCCCUACUUCAACUACCGUACCACCCUCUACUUGGCAGAGAAGGGCUUUUACCAGUUCCACAACUGGUUUGAUGACCGUGCCUGGUAUCCUCUGGGGCGUAUCAUCGGGGGAACCAUCUACCCAGGUUUGAUGUUGACAUCUGCUGUCAUCUACCAUGCACUCAACUUCUUGCAUAUCAGCAUUGAUGUGAGGAAUGUGUGUGUGUUCCUGGCCCCUCUCUUCUCCUCCCUCACCACUCUGGCCACUUACCAUCUCACCAAGGAGCUCAAGGACACCGGUGCUGGUCUGGUGGCAGCGGCCAUGAUCUCCAUUGUACCCGGUUACAUCUCCCGUUCGGUGGCCGGAUCCUAUGAUAACGAGGGUAUCGCUAUCUUCUGUAUGCUUCUCACCUACGCUCUCUGGAUCAAGUCUGUGAAAACUGGGUCCGUCUUCUGGGCUGCCCUCUGCUCUCUAGCCUACUUUUACAUGGUUUCCUCAUGGGGAGGCUACGUUUUCCUAAUCAACUUGAUCCCGAUGCAUACCCUGGCCCUGAUGGCCACCGGACGCUUCACCCACAGGAUCUACGUGGUCUACUGCACCGUCUACUGCUUGGGCACCAUCCUCUCCAUGCAAAUCCCCUUUGUUGGAUUCCAACCGGUCCAGUCCAGUGAGCACAUGGCGGCCCUGGGUGUGUUCGGACUGUGUCAGAUCUACUGCUUUGUGGAGUACCUAAGAUCGCGUCUGAGCACGCAGUACUUCAACAUUCUCAUCCGCAGCGCCGUUCUUGUCUUUGGCGCCGCCCUGGCUGGCGUGACAGCCUACCUGUCCGCUACAGGCAAGGUCUCCCCCUGGACUGGACGUUUCUACUCCCUCCUGGAUCCAUCCUACGCCAAGAACAACAUCCCCAUCAUUGCCUCUGUGUCUGAACAUCAGCCCACCACCUGGAGUUCAUUCUACUUUGAUUUGCAGAUGCAUGUCUUCAUGUUCCCAGUUGGCAUGUACUACUGCUUCACCAAGCUCACAGAUGCAAACAUCUUCAUCAUCCUCUAUGGCGUCACCAGUCUUUAUUUCUCAGGUGUGAUGGUGCGUCUCAUGUUAGUGCUCGCGCCCGUCAUGUGCAUCCUGUCCGGUAUCGGGAUCUCAUCCGUCCUCUCCAUCUACAUGAAGAACCUGGACAUCACCAAACCUGAGAAGAAAUCCUCCAAGAAAGAGUACAGUGAUAACACUUACCCUAUCAAGAAUGAGGUUGCAUCAGCUGUCAUUCUGCUUAUGACUUUCUUCCUCAUCACCUACACCUUCCAUUGCACCUGGGUUACAUCCGAGGCUUACUCCUCUCCUUCCAUUGUCCUGUCGGCGAGGGCCGGAGACGGCGGCAGGAUCAUCUUUGACGACUUCCGUGAGGCUUACUACUGGCUCCGACAAAACACAAAGGAGGAUGCGAAGGUGAUGUCGUGGUGGGAUUAUGGAUAUCAGAUAACGGCCAUGGCGAAUCGGACGAUAUUAGUGGAUAAUAACACGUGGAACAAUACUCACAUAUCACGUGUGGGCCAGGCUAUGGCGUCACCAGAGGAUCAUGCGUAUGAGAUCAUGAGAGAGCUGGAUGUGGACUAUGUUCUCGUCAUCUUUGGUGGACUCAUUGGAUACUCUUCAGAUGAUAUCAACAAAUUCCUGUGGAUGGUUCGUAUUGGAGGCAGUACAGAAGAAGGCAAACAUAUAAAAGAAUCUGACUAUUACACACCACAUGGAGAGUUCCGUAUCGAUAGAGAUGGUUCCCCUACUCUACUCAACUGCCUCAUGUACAAGAUGUGUUACUAUCGCUUCGGCAGAGUCUACACAGAAGCAGGCAAGCCCACUGGAUACGACAGGGUGCGCAACACAGAGAUCGGAAACAAAGAUUUUGAGCUGGAUGUGUUGGAGGAAGCCUAUACCACCGAGCACUGGCUCGUCCGAAUCUACAAGGUUAAAGAUUUAGAGAACAGGGGGAUGUAGUCAGAAUAGUAGUCUCAAUAAUUUAGAACACGAUCGCAACCACUUUCGAAAAAAUAAAAUCAGAGGCAAUUUCAAUACCCUAUUUGUAUUUCGUAUAGAAAUCGUGUUUAGAUUAAAUAAUACGUUGUCGUAAUAUUCACAUAUUACAAAAAAGAGAAGGACAAGGAUAUUGAAAUUGCCUUGGGUUGAUCUUUCGGAGGUGUUUGCGAUUGUGUAAUAGAAACGUAAUAGUGUAGAGUACAUCAAAACCUGGAACAUCAUUCCAUAGUUGUAGUAUCCCAAGCAGGCUCAUUGCUCAAACAUUUCGUACUUCAGUUCUAGUUCUUUUGCGAGUAGCGACGCUCUUUCUGGGCUUGACCAUGAUUUCAUAGAUUCAAUCAAUGAUGGUGUUGUGAUAUUGUGACAAGAGGUAUCCUCAGACGGUAGUCGUAAAAUCUGUCUGUAUUUCUGAUAAAGAAGGUAAUACUGUCAAAUGAGAUUUACAGUUUCAUUGUAUAUGUUUCUCAGGAACUACAGACACAGGAGGGAUGUUUAUAUCAAACUUGAAUAAAAUCAUUACCAAUUUUGAAUGUUUUUAUCAUACAAGCACUGCAUAAUGAUCAUCAUUGUGUCAUGGAAAUUUGUUUAUUUCGUUCAGUUCUGUGGUGCAAUAGUGAUUGUCAUCAGAAGUGACACAUUAUAUGAAAAAUGCAUCUUUUUGCUAUUCUUGCAUGCUUUUAUGAUUUAAAAUCAUGCUAGAGAAAAUGAAGUACAAGUAAGACUUGGUGACUUAUUCUAAAUAUUGUUUGACAUGAUGUUCUUGAAAAUAUUCAAUGUCUGAAUAAUGUGUGAAAAGUUUGUUCCUCUUUCAUAUGUUGUAAAGCUUUUCGCCAUGGGCAUGAAAUGCUACAGAUAUUUUAUCUGUUGUGAAGUUUACACAUGGGAAAGAAACAUUAUUUUUGAGACCUAUAUUCUUAUUUCUUAAUAUGUUUUAAAAAUACCGAAAAUUAUGAUUUGUCACAAAAUCCCUGCUCUAUUCAAAGAUUUUCUGUUACUGAUACGAAAUGAAACAUUAGAAUUACAAACCCAAUAUGAUAUACAUGUGCCUUAUAAGGACCAUUUUAUUUGCCUGAUUUUGUGAAUUUUCCAGAAUUCAUAGUAUUUAUGAGUUCCAGUUAGUAUAAAGAGCAUACAGAUUGCAAAUUACAAUUAUGCAACUUGUAAACUUGACACAAAAUUUGACUUUUUAGCUUUCAUUUGUAUGUCUUGCUCAUAUUUUGAAAGCUUUGCCUGUAUUUUUAAAUUUCUUUUCACUGUCCAGUUUAAUCGUGUGAUGUACGAACGUUUUUUUUUCAUGUGGUUUCUUGAUUUAUAAGAAACUUUUCCAAAAGAGAAUAUAUUUGUGGUGGUUGGGAUCUUCUUUUUUUCUUUCUUAAAUUGAAAAUAGAGAUUAGAUAAUUGCGAGUCACAACUUUUUGUCCAUUAUAAAUUAAAUUACUAUAACUUUA